AUGGCUCGAGGGCCAUUAGAACUUCACGAACACGUGGCUUCGCGCUUGGAGACGUCGUUGGGCAAACCUCUUCCUCGGAUGGAAGUGCGUUUCAAGGACGUGUCCAUCUCUGCGGACGUCGUGGUCAAGGACGCGAGUGACCUGGAGGUGCAGCUACCUACACUCCCGAACGAGAUGAUGAAGACGCUGCGUGGUCUAGUCGCUACGAAACACACAGUGACCAAGCGUAUUCUGAGAGGCGUGAGUGGCGUCCUCAAGCUAGGGACCAUCACACUUGUACUGGGGCAGCCUGGGGCAGGCAAGUCGUCAUUGAUGAAGCUACUAAGUGGACGCUUCCCGAAGGACAAGAACGUCUCGAUCGAGGGUGAGGUGACGUACAAUGGCACGUCGGCUGAAGAGUUGCACAGACGACUACCGCAGUUGGUGUCGUAUGUGCCACAGCGUGACAAACAUUACCCCGAAUUGACAGUGAAGGAGACGCUGGAGUUCGCCCAUGCUGCGUGUGGUGAGGUGUUGUCUGAACAUGACGCGAGUCACUUGGUGAACGGAACUCCGGACGAGAAUGCGGAGGCGCUGAAAGCCGCUCAAGCACUUGUCAAACAUUACCCAGACGUUGUGAUCCAGCAACUGGGACUGGAGAACUGUCAGCACACAAUUGUGGGCGACGCUAUGCUACGUGGUGUGUCUGGUGGAGAGCGUAAGCGCGUGACGACAGGCGAGAUGUCGUUUGGUAACAAGUACGUGGUGAUGAUGGACGAGAUCAGCACGGGGCUGGACAGCGCCGCGACGUUCGAUAUCAUCACGACGCAACGUAGUCUGGCCAAGAAGUUCCGUAAGACAGUGGUCAUCUCACUACUGCAACCGUCACCCGAGGUGUUCGCUCUGUUCGACGAUGUCAUGAUUCUAAACGCCGGUCACCUUAUGUACCACGGACCAUGCACAGAAGCCUUAAGAUACUUCGAGAACCUUGGCUUCAAGUGUCCUCCGUCUCGCGACGUGGCGGAUUUCCUACUAGAUCUCGGUACCAACAAACAAAACCAAUACGAAGUGAAACUCGACAAUGGAGUCAUCCCUCGUUCUCCCAAAGAGUUCUCCAAUGCGUUUAAACACUCGGCCAUCUACAGUCAAACCCUGAACGCCCUUCAAGCUCCAGUUGCCCCCAGUCUCGUCGAAGAUAUGAAGACUCAUAUGGAUGUUCAACCAGAAUUCUCUCAGAGUUUCUGGGCUAGUACGAUGCUACUGAUGAAGCGAGAGAUUACUAUCACGAGACGGGAGAUGUCAGCUAUGGUAGGACGACUGAUCAUGAGUACUGUCAUCGCUCUACUGUGCUCCAGUGUCUACUACCAGUUCGACACGACAGAUGCGCAGCUGACUAUGGGUAUCAUUUUCGAAUCCAUUUUAAAUCUGUCAGUGGGUCAGGCUGCUCAAAUCCCGACGGUGAUGGCUACACGAGAGGUUUUCUACAAGCAACGAGGUGCCAACUUGUUCCGGACAGCGUCGUACGUGCUGUCCAACUCAGUGGUACAACUACCAGCCAUCAUUCUGGAAACGGUGGUGUUCAGUGCCAUUGUGUACUGGAUGUGUGGCUUCUUGAAUUCGUUCUGGAGCUUCAUCGUCUUCGUGGUGGUGCUGUGUCUGAUCAACGUCGCACUGGCGGCCUUCUUCUUUUUUCUGGCUACUGCGUCUCCAAAUUUGAACGUGGCUAAUCCUCUUUCCAGCGUUUCGAUCGUGUUUUUCGUCAUGUUUGCCGGCUACACGAUCACAAAGGACCAAAUUCCAGAGUACCUCAUCUGGAUGUACUGGAUCAACCCGACGUCGUGGGGGAUUCGCGCACUGGGUAUUAACCAGUACAUCUCCUCACACUUUGACAAAUGUGGGUACAAUGGGAUCGACUACUGUACUAAGUACGGUAUGACGAUGGGGGAAUACACCCUCAGUACAUACGAGGUACCGUCCGAGAAGUACUGGCUGUGGUACGGGAUGGUCUAUAUGGCAGUCACAUACGUGUUCUUCCUGUUCCUAAAAUGUUUCAGUGAUCUCGGUCGACCACGCAAGACAAAAGUAUUUUGUACCAGGUUCCAGGAUUUGUGGUACACUGUACCAGACCCGACCAACCCGAAGAGAACAAUCGACUUGCUGAAAGGCAUCUCUGGGUAUGCACUACCAGGCACUAUCACUGCGCUUAUGGGCUCGUCUGGAGCUGGCAAGACGACGCUGAUGGACGUGAUUGCUGGGCGGAAGACUGGCGGUCAGAUCCGCGGUCAGAUUCUGCUCAAUGGUCAUCCUGCCACAGAUCUGGCUAUUCGACGUUCGACGGGGUACUGUGAGCAGAUGGACAUUCACUCCGAGUCGUCUACCAUUCGUGAGGCGUUGACAUUCAGUGCGUUCCUACGUCAAGGCGCCGAUAUUCCAGACAGUCACAAAUAUGAUUCUGUAAACGAGUGUUUAGAUCUUCUAGAUCUAAAUCUGAUCGCUGACCAGAUCAUCCGUGGCAGCUCCGUGGAGCAGAUGAAGAGACUGACGAUCGGAGUGGUGACACGUAACUCGCCGAGUGUCUUGUUCCUGGACGAACCGACGAGUGGGUUGGACGCUCGAUCGGCCAAGUUGAUCAUGGAUGGAGUUCGAAAAGUGGCGGAUACGGGGCGUACCAUCGUGUGUACCAUCCACCAGCCAUCUUCCGAGGUUUUCAGUGUGUUCGACAGUCUGUUACUGUUGAAACGUGGCGGUGAGACAGUCUUUGUUGGCGAGUUAGGUGACAACGCACGUGAAAUGAUCGAGUACUUCGAGUCGCUUGAAGGUGUAGCAACGCUUGAAGCCGACUACAACCCGGCUACGUGGAUGUUGGAGGUGAUCGGUGCUGGUGUCGGUAACAGCAACGGAGACAAGACGAAUUUUGUGGAGAUCUUCAAAGCGAGCACUCACGCUCAGCGUCUACAGUCGAGUUUAGACCAGGAAGGUGUGACUCGACCAUCACCGACAUUACCAGCACUCGAAUUCAGCGACAAACGCGCAGCUUCCGAGCUCACUCAAGCGAAAUUCCUGUUGAAACGCUUUUGCGAUCUCUACUGGCGUACUGCUUCUUUUAACUUGACGCGGUUCGUUAUAUCCUUAGGCUUGGGUGCGCUCUUUGGUAUUUCGUACGCGGGUGCAGAGUACACGUCGUACUCUGGUAUCAAUUCCGGUUUGGGAAUGGUUUACUUGGCCGUGGGAUUCAUUGGUUUGGUGUCGUUCAACGGCUUGAUUCCUGUUGUUGCCGAGGAACGCUCGGUGUUCUACCGUGAGCGAGCGUCACAGACGUACAAUGCUCUUUGGUACUUCGUCGGUCUGAGUGUGAUAGAGAUCCCCUACGUCUUCGCAGCAGUAUUACUAUUUUUGAUCCCGUUCUUUCCCCUUGUGGGCUUUACUGGGGUCGGAGCCUUCUUCUCGUGUUGGUUGGUGCUGUCACUACACGUACUACAUCAAGCAUACAUGGCUGAGCUGCUGGUUUUCCUGCUGCCGAACUUGGAAGUUGCAGAGAUCGUGGGCGUCUUAGUGACACUAAUUUCGUACUUAUUUUCGGGUUUCAGUCCUCCGGCUUCGACGUUACCGUCAGCGACAGUGUGGCUGUACGAUAUCACCCCAAUGACGUACAGCAUGGCAGCUUUCUCGGCGGUUGUGUUCGGGGGCUGCAGCAGUGGUGGAGACCUGGGUUGCAGACAGAUGACAAACGUACCACCAUCACUUCCGGACGAACUCACUGUGCAGCAGUAUGUGGAGGGGAACUUCUUGAUGAAACACAGCGAGAUUUGGAGGAACUGCGGGAUUCUGGUCGGAUUCGUACUUUUCUUUUGUGUGUGCACGCUGAUGGCAAUGCGCUUCAUCAACUACCAGAAGAGGUGA